AUGGAGAUAGCAAUGGCAGACGACCGAACUCCUCUACUGCGAGACGCCGCAAUACAGCCACAACAGCAGCUAGCGCGCCCCAAACAACGCUGGUCCCUCCUCACACGUCUUUCCUUCAUUUGCAGAAUCUGGGUGAUAAAAGUCGCCGUGCGCAUCGCCGUAUCGCUUGCGCGCAGACUCCGCAUCUCCCAAUUUCGCCCCCAAUCGACCUACAGAAAACACUACCCGGUCGGUCAGCGGAUGUGGAACGAUGUCUGGAUCCCUAGCUCCCACGAAGCGGGGCAGACCCACCCGCUCUACAUCGACAUCCACGGCGGGGGAUUCGCCACGGGGGAUCCGAGCCACGAUGGCGAGUUCUGCCGGUAUCUCGCUGACGAGCAUGGCAUCUGCGUGGUUAGCGUGAAUUACCCCAAGGCACCCCGGUAUCAGUUCCCGUGUCAGACGGAUGAUUUGGUCCAGACUGUUCGGUGUGUCUUGGCGGAUGAGAGUUUGCCGGUUGAUAGGGACAGGGUUGCGAUGGGGGGAUUCUCUGCGGGAGGAAACCUAUCCUUGUCUGUGGCGCUGAGGGAUGAGAUGCAGGGGUCGAGCAUCAAGGGGGUGCUGGCGUGGUACCCGGUAACUGAUUUUUCGGGUCGGUAUAAGGGUGCGUAUAGGGCGGAUCAGUAUGGGAUGCGCGAUGUGCUAGAGGGCGUGUCUGAUACGUUUUACUAUUCCUAUGUGCCUGAUGGCCAGAACCUGAGGGAUCCAUUUUUGAGUCCUGUGUAUGCGGAUCGGGGGAGGCUUCCACCGAAGAUAUUCUUCAUCGGGGCGGAGCAUGACAAUCUCUGUCGGGAGGCGGAGUGCGCGGCUAGGGUUUAUGCAGAGGGGAAAGAGACACGGCAACCCAUCGGCGAGGUCAAUGACUGGACGGUCAAUGGGAUCCGCUGGAAGAGAGUUACCGGGGCGCAACACGGCUUCAACUUUGUGCGCCGGUGGGUUCGGGAGAGGGAAGAGUUUCGCCAUGUUCUCACCCAGCAGGCGUAUGCUGAUGCUGCGAGAUGGCUGAAGACGGAGAUAUACGAUUCCAAGGACUGAGAUUGAUCGGGAGUUCCACGUUCAGUUCAGGCCAUGGAUUACUGAGAAUCGAGUCAAGCCUCUGUUUCAAAUUUCAUUGGCCGGCCGAUAAUUCUAGCCCAGGGUUCAGCUUGAAGCC